AUGGCAUCUCACACAGUAGCAACGCUGCCACGGCUCUCCGCCACGAACCUCUCCACUAUCCUACUCGCCGCGAGCACCUCUACCUCGAACCUCGAUGCUUUGACGACGCCUCUAGAUAUCGCGAUUAUCGAUGUACGAGAUGACGAUCACAUCGGAGGCCAUAUCAAGCACUCCAUCCACGCGCCCUCUCAAUCUCUUGAGGGCAAGAUCCCCGAACUAGUCGAGAAGCUCAAAGACAAGAAAGCGGUCGUAUUCCAUUGCGCGCUCUCGCAGCAGCGUGGCCCCUCUGCUGCCUUGAAAUAUAUUCGGGCCCGUCAGAGCUUGAUUGGAGAAGGGGCGGUGAAGCUCGAGCCAGAUAGUGGAGUGGCAGAGACGUUGAAGAAGAAUAAAGAGGAUGAGCUGAGGAAGGACAAGGAUGAGAAUGAUGAUGACUGGGGGGGUGUCAAUACCGUGGAGACUGACCAGCAGCAAAAGGUUUAUGUGCUGGAGAGGGGCUUUGUUGGGUGGCAGGAACAAUUUGGAGAGGAUACAAGGUUGACCGAGGGGUAUAGGAAGGAACUCUGGAAAGAUGGGUACUGGAUGUGA